CAGUGCCUCUGUUUCCGGCUCGAAUUACGCUUUCUAAGCCAGUCCGCAGUAUGUCCGAGACUGCGCCCGCCGCACCCGCCACCCCGGCCCCUGCUGAGAAGACGCCAGUGAAGAAGAAGCCUCGCAAGUCUGCGGGUGCUGCGAAACGCAAGGCGUCUGGGCCCCCGGUGUCCGAGCUCAUCACCAAGGCGGUGGCUGCUUCCAAGGAGCGUAGUGGAGUGUCUCUUGCUGCGCUCAAGAAGGCAUUGGCAGCUGCUGGCUACGACGUGGAGAAGAAUAACAGCCGCAUCAAGUUAGGUCUCAAAAGCUUGGUGAGCAAGGGCACCCUAGUGCAGACAAAGGGUACUGGUGCUUCUGGCUCCUUCAAGCUCAACAAAAAGGCUACUCCCGGGGAAGCCAAGCCUAAGGCCAAGAAGGGGGGCGCAACCAAGCCCAAGAAGCCCGCCGGCGCAGCCAAGAAGCCCAAGAAGGCGACGGGGUCGGCCACCCCAAAAAAGAGCGCCAAGAAGACUCCAAAGAAGGCUAAGAAACCGGCGGCGGCUGCUGGAGCCAAAAAGGCUGCAAAGAGUCCGAAAAAGGCGAAAGCAGCCAAGCCGAAGAAGGCGCCCAAGAGUCCAGCAAAGACCAAAGCGGUGAAACCCAAGGCGGCAAAGCCAAAGACCGCCAAGCCGAAGGCAGCCAAGCCAAAGAAGGCGGCAGCGAAGAAGAAAUAGGAAGUUCCUUUGGCCAACUGCUUAGAAUUUUAAUACAACCCAAAGGCUCUUUUCAGAGCCACCCAAA